AUGCAAAAACAUACUUAUGACCCUGCAGCCAUCGAGUCGAAGUGGCAAAACAUUUGGGAGGAACGUAAGGCGUUUCGUACACCUGACGACCCCAAGGCGUGGGAAGGAAAACCGAAAUAUUAUAUCCUUGAUAUGUUUCCUUACACCUCCGGCGCAGGGCUCCAUAUUGGACACCCCGAAGGUUACACGGCUACCGAUGUGCUGGCGCGUAUGAGACGUAUGCAGGGCUAUAAUGUACUGCACCCAAUGGGCUGGGACUCGUUUGGGCUAACCAUCGAACGUACCGCCGAGCGGGAGAAUAUUCAUCCCGCUAUCGUCACACGACGCAACAUCGACAAAUUUCGGCAGCAGAUUAAACAGAUCGGUUUCUCGUAUGAUUGGGAUAGGGAGAUAAGCACCUCGUCGCCUGAUUACUACAAAUGGACACAAUGGAUUUUCCUCAAACUCUACGAGAAGGGGUUAGCAUACCUCGCUGAUGUGCCUGUAAACUGGUGUCCGGCAUUGGGGACGGUUCUCUCUAACGAGGAGGUCAAGGAUGGAAAGUAUGUCGAAACCGGCGAUCCCGUUGAACGCCGGUUGAUGCGACAGUGGAUGCUCAAGAUUACUGCGUAUGCAGACCGACUCCUAAAGGAUAUUGAAGAGGUAGAUUGGCCCGAAGGCAUCAAGGAGAUGCAGCGGAAUUGGAUUGGGAAAUCGGAGGGGGUGGAGGUCGAUUUUGCGAUUAAGGACACCGACGCUUCAUUUACCGUUUUCACAACGCGACCGGAUACGCUGUUUGGCGCAACGUACUGCGUCUUUGCACCGGAGCAUCCGUUGGUUGAACAGAUGACGACCGAUGCGCAGAGGUCUGCUGUGCAGGCUUACGUUGACGAGGCAAGGAACAAAACCGAUCUGCAGCGAACAGAUCUCGCUAAGGAAAAAACUGGCGUUUUUACGGGUGCUUACGCGAUUAAUCCAGCUAAUGACAAAGCGGUUCCAAUUUGGGUUGCCGAUUACGUGCUGAUGGGUUAUGGUACAGGUGCGAUUAUGGCAGUUCCCGCUGAGGAUGAUCGCGACUGGGAGUUUGCUAAAACAUUUGAUCUGCCGAUCGUUCGCACGGUGCAGCCGCCGAGUGAUUUCGGGGACGAACCUUACCUCGGCGAUGGCCCAUCGAUUAAUAGCGGUUUCCUGAAUGGGCUUAAUAUUCAGGAUUCAAAGGAACGGAUGACUGAAUGGCUUGAAAGUAAAGGGAAAGGGAAAGCGCAAGUACAGUACCGCUUGCGCGAUUGGCUGUUCUCGCGUCAACGUUAUUGGGGAGAACCAUUUCCCACUGUGCAGCUGGAAGAUGGUACGAUUAUGUCCGUACCUGAGAGCGAACUUCCGGUGGAAUUACCGCCUAUUGAUGAGUAUAAGCCGACCCCCGAUGGCAAACCACCCCUUGCCCGCGCCUCGGAUGACUGGCUGAUGAUCACACUGCCGGACGGACGGAAAGGAGUGCGGGAAACAAAUACAAUGCCCCAGUGGGCGGGAUCUUGUUGGUAUUAUCUGCGAUAUAUGGAUGCUCACAACGCAACCGAAGCGUGGUCUGCCGAAGCAGAGCACUAUUGGAUGCCUGUUGAUCUUUAUGUCGGCGGUGCAGAGCACGCUGUCCUACACCUACUCUAUGCACGCUUUUGGCACAAGUGCUAUAUGAUUGUGGCCUUGUCUCCACAAAGGAGCCAUUUCAAAAACUCUUCAAUCAGGAAUGCGGGCGAAAUACACAGAUUGAAAAGAUGUCAAAAUCUCGCUUCAAUGUCGUAA